ACUAGAAAUGAAAGUUUCGCGUCUGAAGCACUCGCGACGCUUGCUUCGCUUCUACAGCAGCAAGUUUGAUCUCAACCCGCCGUACACUGUACUCGUGGACGGCACGUUCAUGAUCGCUGCGCUCGAGUCCAAGCUCCAUGUGCAAGAGCACAUCCCGGCGUACCUCGGCGCACAGACCGCCCUCGUGACCACCGCGUGCAUCGUCAACGAGCUCAAGAUGCUUGGCGAAGUCUACGCCGGCGCGUACCUUGCAACGCGCAAGCUGGAGCAUCGCCGCUGCGGCCACUCGCCCGCGUUGACUGGCUCGCAGUGCCUCAUGCGUCUCAUCGGUGAAUCGGGCAAUCCGCACAAGCUGCUGGUUGCAACACAAGAUUACGUGCUGCGACAACGCCUGCGCAAAGUGCCCUGCGUUCCUAUUCUCUAUGUCGACUACAACUGUGCCAUUCUGGAGGCACCAUCAGAUGCAUCGCAGUCGAAAGCCUCAAAGCUCGAACACAACAAGCUCGGUGCUUCGAGUGAGGAAAAGCACAAGCUCAAGCAGCUCGUGCCCCUUGAUGACGGCAAGCCAAAGUUCCGACGAAAAGUCGCCCAAGAACCAAACUCCCUCGCCAGCAAAAAGGCCGCCGUCAAACCAACCGCAGCCGCAUCUGGGUCUGCUACUCGAAACGGAGAUGCAUUCGCACUGACACGUGGUAUGAUCAAGAAGCUGCGGCGAAAACGCAUGGCGUUGAUCGCAAAGGGGCUAGAUCCCGGCUACGUCCCACCGUCUGUCAUUGCGCGAGCUGCUGCCGAGGCUGCAGCUGCAGUAGAAUCAGCCCGAAAUGCAUCAUCAUCAUCAUCUGGUUUGAGCGAUUAUUCUUCUGGUCGGUUCGCUGCCGGAGUGAAGCGCCCAGCCGAUGACGUGGAGGAAUCUAAUGCAACAAACGGCUUGGCUGACGGCAAGCGUAAACGUGUUCGUCGACACCGACCGCGCAGCGCUCGUGCUGCCGCUGACACGACGGUUGAUGGUCAAGAGGAAGCCGACGAUGAAUAAUCUAGUGUUUUAGUGUCAAUUUCUUGGAGAUAACAUGUAUUUGUACAUUAAUUUUGAAGGCCGUUGAUCAACAAA